GCAGUUGAUCGUGGGCAUGCUUCUGAUUUUGCUGAGGCACGGCUGCGGAAUCAAGUUCACGCUGCUCCACACGAACGACAUGCACUCCUGGUUCGAUCCGCAGUCGGAGAGCGGUGGAAAGUGCCAGGCGGGCGACGAUAAGCAGGGACGCUGCUUUGGGGGAUUUGGUCGCGUGGCCACUGCCGUCUCAGAGGCCAGGAAGGCGGGCACGGUGAUCUAUUUGAAUGGCGGUGACACGUUCCAGGGCACUCCCUGGUACACGAUCUACAAGGGGAAAAUGGUGGCUCAGCUGAUGAAUAUGCUGGCCCCCGACGCCAUGGCGCUGGGUAACCACGAGUUCGAUGAUGGCGUCGAUGGACUCGUCUCGUUUCUGGAGCUGGUCAAGUUUCCUGUAUUGGGCUGCAACCUGGAUCUGCGGAAGGUGCCCAAGCUGCAGGCCUUGAAGCAGCUGGUUAAAUCCACGAUCAUCACCAAGGAGCACACAAGGAUCGGAAUUGUGGGCUAUAUACGGCCUGAUACUAAAGAUCGUGUCCAGCCAAGCGAUGUGGUGUUCACCAAAGAGAUACCCGCCAUUAACGCGGAGACAAAGAAGCUUUUGGAUCAAGGGGCUACCAUCAUCAUUGCUCUGGGACACGCCGGAAUCGAAAAGGACAAGGAGAUAGCCAGGGACUGUCCAGAUGUGGACAUUGUCGUGGGCGGCCAAUCGCACACGUUCCUCUACACGGGUAAGCCCCCAGACAAGGAACUGCCCGAGGAUCGCUAUCCCACCAUCGUUUUUAAGCCGGAUGGGAUCAAGGUGCUCGUCCUGCAGGCAUAUGCCUUCACCAAAUAUCUGGGCUUCAUCGAUCUGGAGUUCGACAAUGUCGGCAACCUGUUGAGCUUUAAGGGCAAUCCCAUUCUUCUGGACAACUCGGUCGAACCCCGCCGGGAUGUCCAGGAACUGUUGGACAGAAAGCGCAAGGUAAUCGACGACAUGGAACAACACGUGGUAGGCACUACCAUGGUGCACCUAAACGGGGAUCGGACCAGCUGCAGAUUGGGGGAGUGUAACUUUGGGAACAUUAUCGCCGACAGCUUGGUCUAUGCCCGAGUGCUGGAGCAGACGGGUGAAAGGAAACACUGGACGGAUGCGGCCAUUGGGUUGAUGAAUUCCGGAGGGAUACGGGCCUCGAUCGGUCCGGCCCAGUCGGGGGCCAUCACGGAGGCGGACGUGAUGGCCGUGUUGCCCUUCGACAGCGACCUGUACUACACCAGAAUCAGUGGCGAUCACCUAAUGAAGGCCUUGGAGCACUCUGCUGAUCAGCGAGACACGGAGUCGACUGGGGGCUAUCUACAGGUGUCCGGAUUGCGCCUCAAGUUCAACUACAACCGCACCAAGGGCCAGCGUAUCUCGUCGAUCCGCGCCCGGUGCACCAACUGUCAAAUACCCUUCUACGAGAUCGUCGACAGGGAUAAGUACUAUGGUGUGAUUGUGCCCUACUUUCUCCUGGCCGGCGGCGAUGGACACAGCUUUGUGGAUCCCGACCAGCCAGAGUUCUCCAAGCUGUUAAUGAACGAUCGCGAGGCGCUGAUCAGGUACCUCCAGGAGCACAAGAUCGUCUAUCCAGAGCGUGAGGAGCGCAUCAUCGGCCUGGAGAGGAAAGCGUCCUGCUCCAGCAGGAUUCUGGCAAGGCUUUUACUCAUUUUGUUUUCCCCUAUUCACUUCACACUUCAAUGAUUACGUAAAAGA